AUGGGCUAUGGCGAUAUCCGCAAUCGGAGCGACUUUACUCAAGCGCUCGACAAGACUGAAGACUCCUCCAGCAUCAUGGUCAUCUAUUCCUCCACUUCGUGGUGUCCGAACUGCAAAGCCGUGGAGCCGAAGAUAGAUGAGCUGACCGAGGAAUUUGGUAACGAGAAGCAUGUACUUUGGUACAAGAUGAACAUCGAGGAAGCCGAAGGCGUCGCACAGGAGUAUGGUGUAAGCGCGGUGCCGACGUUCAUGCUGUUCAAGGAUGGUGACAUGCUACCUGAGGAGACAGUUACCGGUCCACAUCAUAAAAGAGUCAGAGCGAUGGUCGAGAAGAACCUACCCGGGAAAUGA